UAUUUUUUUUUUAAGGCAGCAAAAAAAAAAGCAGACAGAACAGUAAACGCGGAGUAUCAGGUCAUGCUGUAUUGGGCUUCUAGAUUUUCACACGGCUCCUAGCUCUCUCUCUACAAUAUUCUAUUCAUGAUAUCGAGCAAAACCUACAUAUAUCCUCAACACGCCAUCAUAUCAAUGGAUCUAAGUCUCUCAAUAUUUCGAACCCACACUAUCUAUAGUGUACCAGAACUUUGAAUUCACUAGCUAUCGACCACAGAUCAUCGAAUUCCAUAACCUCCAAAAUGGGCAAUCGCCGCAUGACACCCGAGGCUGCUCGACGCAUUGCGAAGGCACACCCUGGAGUAAGUCUUUUGGGGUUGACCAAGCUGCAACUAACAUACUAAGCAUUUGUUAAGUCAGGAUUCGCGAGAAGAUCUGUUCGAGCGGGUCAUAGCAACAGCCAACGCGAUGCUCAGUCUCAGGCUACACGAGAUAGGGAGAUGCAAGAUCAGAUACAGGAGCAUGGUGCAUCGACGGGUUAUGAAAUUACUCAGACAGAUAAGAUCUCUCCACGCGAUAAACAAGAGCAGGGCUCUGGAGAUGAACAAUGCCUCUAUUGCACCACGGAAACCCUCUGUGCUCGUCAUGCAAGCAAGUGGGGCUGGUAGGAAGCGAGUGCUGAAUGUUGAAUGUUGCCUGAUGAUUUUCAGGGGAGGUCAAGUGCCUCAGAUUGGACUGUUUGGUCAUAGUGUU